GUUUUUAUGAAACCUGAAAGAUGUCGCUUUUACUACAUACCUGAGUUCAACUUCAAGUGGCAAUUCUUUCCUAUUUCUCUUCCCUUGGGUCUUCUUCGUAAAACUACGAAUACAAAAUGGCGGCCCAUAAGACAUUUAUAAUUAAGCGCAAACUUGCCAAAAAAUUAAAACAAAAUAGACCCAUUCCACAGUGGGUUAGAAUGAGAACUGGAAACACAAUCAGAUACAAUGCAAAGAGGCGUCACUGGAGACGUACCAAGUUGAAGUUGUAAACAACUUUAAUUUACCAAGUGUCAUUAAUGGGCUAAUAAAAGAAUUUUCUUUAUAUUAA